UAUAACUCUAGUUUAUGGUACAUAGCCGUCAGUUUUUAGAAACUAAUUUUAGAUACUUAUUAUUAAGGAUUUGUGUUUUUUUGUCCAUAAUGGCAUCACCGUCCAUUAUGGGGUAUUUCACCUUACAUUUUCACUGACUUCAUGUCCAGAUGAAUCUCAGUAAAUUCAUAAUAAUCUUUCAUUAUAACUGUUCCUUAGUAAUACAGUACCUAUUCAAUAUUUUAUUUUAAUAAUAAGGGUACUCGUAAAUGUUGAACAUUGUUUGCACUAAGCAGCACUAAGUAGCUGGAUUGUUGUCAGGUUACAAUUCAAAGUGAAAAUGCCCCUUCUACAAUCUGGCAGGCAAAAAAGUUUAAACGUUAGGAAGGUAAUACCUACUCUUAUUGUCGUCCCUUUAGGUAUGUGUAAGAAAACUGGGUACGUAGCCGAAUGGCACAAACGCUCACGAAAUGAAACGCUCGUAGAUAUCUAUCUCUAUCGCUCGUGCGUAUUGGCGGGACAGAGUCAGACUACCUUUCGCGGCGUUUCGUUUUCGUUUCGCGUCGCAGAAAUGCCAUUCGGCUACGGCACAUGCACGGAACUACAAUGUUGCCAUUUUGUAAUUUCUACUCUUUUUGCUAGAAACUCCCGCCACCGGCAGUUAUUGUAACUUGUAACAAAUACUAUAUAAACUCUACGAGUUAAUACGUGCAGCUUGGUGCCAAAGUUGGCAACACGCCCCCUUGGCCCCCGUUGGCCCCUAGCGGCAUGAGUUGAUAUUUUGAUCAACUUUGUUUAGUUCAUACAGUUAAAAAUUUAAAAAAGUCACACACUCUUAUUUUCUUUGUUUUAUUCCGUCUAAAAAUGUUAAAGUAGAUCAAGUAAUUGCAUUUUGUGUUGUUUUACGUACUACGCGUAUACUGACAUACUACUCGUACCGCUAGAUGGCGCUGCUAAAAUCGUUGCCGCUUCAUUGUAUGGGAAACGUCACAAGCUGCACGUGAGUUUAUAUAGUAUUUGCUUGUAAUAAAAUUAAUGAAAUAUCGUUGAUAUGUUACAUUGAUGCAUUUUGAUAUUGGAAGAAAUUAAAUAGGGUUUAUGAAACUCUGAAUGUUUGGCUUGUGUAGUUGCUAUUUUAAAAAGUACAAAAUUUCGUUCUAAAAAUCUCCAUUCGUAUUUUCGGUUGUUCAUUUGAGAUUUUGACAAUUUUGUAGACUUUCCGCUGGCACAUUAGUACAUUCAAUACAAUACUUUUUAUUAAAAAGUUCGCGAUUCUAUGAUUUGAUUUUAUAAGUAGGUAUACGAUUUGGUUUCAACAUUUAAGUGCAUUAACAGGAUGUUAAAAUACAGAGUGCCGAACGUGACGAAGAUGGCUACAGAAAUAACAGGCCCCCUGUUGUACUCGGUGAGCGCGGCCGUGCUGGGCAUGCUCCAGUUCGGGUACAACACCGGCGUCAUCAACGCGCCGCGCGAGUUCAUCGAGACCUUCAUCACUGACCAGUACCAGACUGAGGAAAGCCGCAGCUCUUUUAUAUUCGGUAUAAUUGUUUCCAUCUUUGCCGUCGGAGGUAUGAUCGGCUGUCCGCUUGCUAGCUGGGUUGCGGAGAAACAAGGACGCAAAAUGGCUCUCCUCCUCAAUGCAGCAUUUGGAGUUAUCGCGGCCGCUUUAAUGGCCUUCAGCAAGCUUGCCGGAUCCGUAGAAAUGAUAAUUAUCGGUAGAUUUCUUAUCGGAAUCAACUGUGGCUUUGCCACGACUGUUUCGCCUACUUACGUGUCUGAAGUGGCCCCAUUAAAUCUACGAGGGGCUUUUGGAACAGUCAAUCAAUUAGCAGUAGCUUUCGGCUUAAUCUUUUCACAGGUUCUUGGCAUAGAUGCUAUAUUAGGGAGUGACGAUGGUUGGCCCUGGCUGUUCGGCAUUGCACUGAUUCCUUCAGGUCUUCAAUGCUUGAUGGUACCUUUCGCUGCUGAAUCGCCUAGGUUCCUUUUGCUCACAAAUGGUGAUGAACAAAAAGCCAUAACGGCACUCGUUAAAAUUAGAGGUCACCCAAAUAUUGAGAACGAGAUUAACGACAUGAACGCGGAAGGCAAUGCCGAAAAACAAGAAAAAAAGUUUACCGUUUGGGAUCUAAUAAGCAACCGGUCCCUGCGCACUCCGCUUAUAAUCGGAAUAGUUAUGCAUUUAUCGCAGCAAUGGGGAGGUAUCAAUGCUGUUUUGUAUUAUUCUUCAACUAUUUUCGAAGGCGCGGGUCUGGAGCCUGAUGAGGCCCGCUUGGCUUCUAUCGGCGUCGGCAGUAUGUUAUUCGUAAUGGCGCUGGUGUCUAUUCCGCUGAUGGAUCGCCUAGGUCGACGGACUCUGCAGCUGGGCGGCCUUGCCGGUAUGACCUUGUUUUCGGUCCUAAUGACGGUAGCGUUCUUUACUUAUGAAGAUAACCAAACCAUGAGCAUAUUUGCUGUUAUUUUCACGUUGUUGUACGUGGGGUCCUUCGGCAUGGGUCCGAGCUCGAUCCCGUGGAUGAUCCUGUCGGAGAUGUUCGGGCAGUCGGCGCGCAGUGCCGCCGUCAGCAUCGGCGCGCUCGUCAACUGGUUCGCCAACUUCAUCAUCGGUAUAACGUUCAUUCCGAUGAAGGAUGCAUUAGGAAAUUAUUUAUUUUUGCCAUAUACAGGUCUCCUCAUAAUAUUCUUUAUAUUUACGUAUUUCAAGUUGCCCGAAACGAAGAAUAAAACUAUCGAGGAAGUAACGGCUCUAUUCGCCUAAAAGUAGACGUGCUGUGCAGUUCAGUUUUAACGAGGAAAUGCUUAGCUUGUACCUAUUUAGAAUUUAGGUUAAGUAUUACUUGUUAUAGUGCCUCCUGAGUUGUAAAAUGGCUAAAUGAUAGUCAAAUCAUUGUUUACUAACGUAUUGCGUAUAUUCUAAACAUAAGUAAUUUGGCGCUAAUUUGCCCAAAUGUUAUUGAUUGUAAAGACUGAAUGUGAACAUCUGUAAACAUAAUAUUAUUUAUUUUGUAUUUAAGUUACACUCUACUA